UUAAAUUUGUCUUUAAGUUAAAAAAUAAAGAGCAAUAAAAAAGAUUUUUAAAUAAUAAAAACUUUUAAGUAGUAGAAUACAAAAUAUAUAGCUAACUAAUAUUAAAAUAUGUCAAAUAAAACUUAAAAAAUGAAGAAAAAUAUUGUCUUCACCAACGAAGGCAUUCAACACAGCUAGGAAAUGAACUAUAGCGCUGCUUUUACUAGUGAAGAAGAUUUCAAUACAUUCAAGGAAAACAUUAAAAUAGAAGUUAUUAGAUAUGAUAAUAAAAAUAAAGAAUUAGAAUUUGAUUUAAUGGGUGUCGAUGCUCCUAUUGCUAACGCUUUGAGAAGAAUUAUGAUUGCAGAAGUUCCUACAAUGGCUAUCCACAAGGUUUAUAUUUACUAAAAUACUUCUAUUAUUCCUGAUGAAGUUUUGGCUCACAGACUUGGUUUAAUUCCUAUUUAUGCUGACCCUCGUCUUUUCGAAGAAAAGCAAGAAGAAGACGAGUAUAAUGAAAAAAAUUCUUUAAAGUUUACAUUAAAGAUUAAAUGCUCUAAGAAAGAAUAGUACAAAAAUUACUCUGAAGCUGAUUUAGAAAAUUUAACACCUGAAACCUACUUAGAAAAUGCUAUUGUCUAUAGCGGUGAUUUCAAAUGGGUUUCUUAAGGAGAAUAAAAUAAAAAAUUUGAAGAGAAUCCAAUCAGAAUGGUCCAUGAUAAUAUUAUUGUAGCUAAGUUAAGAGAAAACCAAGAAAUUAUUUGUGAAGUUAUUUGUUAAAAGGGUAUUGGAAAAACACAUGCCAAAUGGUCUCCUGUUUGUACUGCUUACUAUCGUUUAAUGCCUGAAAUAAACAUAAAUAGUGAUAUCACCGGAGCUAAAGCUCAAGAAUUGAAAGAACGUUGCCCUCUUAAAGUUUAUGAUGUUUAAAAUAAUAAGGCUAUUGUUUCUAACGAAAGAGCUUGCACUAUGUGCAGAGAAUGCAUAAGAGAAGAUGAAGAAUUCAAUUCAAAGAUUGAAUUGGCCAAAAAGAAAGAGCAUUUUAUUUUUACUGUAGAAAGCGUUGGAAUCUACGAACCUCACGAGAUAGUAAAGGAAGCAAUCUAGAUAUUAAAAUAAAAAGCAUCUAGUUUUAUGCUAAACCUAUGAGAUAGAUAGAUAGAUUUACAAAUAUUAGUUAUAUGAUUUAAUAAUAAAUCAUUGAAUAUUCAACAAAUAUAAAUCUUAAUAAAAAAGAAAUAAAAUUAAAUUAAAUUUAACAAUUUGAUUGCUUCAUUAGUUAUGUUGAUCAAAUAAAUACAUCAAGAACAAAUAAAUUAUAAAUUUUUAAUAAGUCUAUAGAUCAAAUUCAAUUAAAAAGAAAAUUUUCUUAUUUUUUGUUUAUAGUUUUGAAAUUAAGGCAAAUUCUAUUAUCUUUUAUUUGUGAUAACGACAUUGUUUAUAUAUUUUAUGUAUACUUCUAUGAUAUUACAAAUAAUCAUUUAUGAUAAUUACUUU